AAGUUGUAUGAAAGAGAGAGAGAGCGUGACACAUAUAAUUCUGUGAGAUUAUGCCUUCGGUUGCGCGGUAAGUGGAUUCUCUUAAGACCGACAUGAUGUAACCUAGAUCAUAACAUGGUUAUGAGUCAAAGGAACUCUAAGAGUUAGUCUAUUUUCUCUUAGGAUAGUUUGGAUUUCACCAAGAAUUUGUAGUAUGAUUUGGAUGAACACAUAUUCUCAUUAUUUUUGGAUGAAUAUUUUUUUAAGAAUAAUAUGAAUAUGUUGAUUGGUGGAACUAUAUAUUUCACUUCAAUCGCGGUAAAUGAAUUUAAAAUAUUUUAUCAUUUGAAUUGACAGCGGUUAAAAAUAAAUCAUAUGAAAAACUUCUAACUCUCCAAUAUUUAUGUUUUCAUCAUAAUUUAUUUGAUAUAAUGUGAGAUUUUUAAAUUUUUCCGUUGCAAAUCCAAAACUACUAUAGGUAAACUAUAAAGAUAGUGUGUAUUUGUAAGAUGGAUGAGUGUGCGAAAUAGGAAAUGUUCAAUGCAUAAUCGAGAGUUAUGCACCUAAUAUAAAGUGGAGAAUUAUAAAACAAUUGUCAAUGAUACUUGUAAGGUAUAAGUUCUUUUUUCAAGUUCUUUUUCCCCAUUGCAUAUAUCACCGACUAAGAUAACUACAUAUACACUAUGUUUGUAUAUAUCACUAACUUAGUCCCCGAUAUAAUUGCAACACAAAAUCUAUUCCUACGUACAAAUUUUGUGAUAUAAAUUAUUUUAAAAAGAAACGUUUAACCUUACGAAGUCGUACACUCCAAUCAAUAAUCUUAGUAUGAAAAAAGAUAUUUUUGUAUAACGUUCAAUAGAGUAUCAAAAUCCCCCAAUAGCAUGAACAAAAGAUAAAACGUGCCACCCAAGACAUUUCCGGCUAUAACAAAAUAAAAAAUGCAAAAGAUUAAAUGGAAAUAUGCAGUAAGAUGUGGUAAGUUUCAGCCAUUACACAACGUAAAUAUAUGCUUGUGCAACGCACAAUAUGCUACACCGAAUUAUUUUACAUAUAUAUUUUAUUUUUCUUUAUAUUUAUCCAGUCUCUAUCCUUCUAAGGUUUCUAUCUUUUUCUGCCUAAUUAUGUGGCUGCUGGUAUUUGAACCACAAUUUGUUGUAUGCAUUUUUUUAUGGGAUGUUUUUCUAAACUGUAUUCCCCAAUUAAUCUGUGAGUAUCAUGUAUGAAUUACUUUUUGACAACUUUGAUUGCAUCAAUGAUAUUAUGAAAUUGUGUUUUGUGUAUGGUCUAAAUUCUGAAUUUAAUUUGGCGAUUAUUAAAUUUUCUUUAAUUGUAGAGUGAGUUAUUUUAAGGACAUUCAUGAGGUUAAUAAAAUUCUUGUGAUUGGUGUGAUUGUUCCAUUUUCUGAUAUUUUUAACAAUUUCAGAAGACGGAUCAUAUUUUCUGAUAUUUUUAACAAUUUCAGGACACGGAUUGGAUACGCGGGUUGUUUUUCAUUCUUACCAGCCCGUUUCGUGAGCUAUAUAAUCGGGCCGUAUGGCCAUCAUGACAAAUCCUAGAUUUUGAUUUCGUUUCCUCUGUGCUAAGAGGAGGCUACAGGCUCUGUUGAGGUUCGUAGCUUAUCUCUGAUCUGAUCUCCAUUUUCUUCAUUCUCUGGCUCAUAUAUCUGACUUUCUGUAGUUUCCAUCCUUUUCAGAUCAUCUACGGAGAUUAGGUUACCUAGCUUGCGAGAGGUUCGACGAACGAACAACAAGGUCAAGGUUCUCCUCUUCUCUCCUUCUUUCUCUCUUUCAAGCACGCGAGAUCUAUCUUAGUUUUAAUCGAUUUCGAUUUCUGCUUUCCUAUACGGCCCGAUUCCGCAUUCCUUCUUUCUCGCAUUCUUAUACUGGAUCUCCUUCUUGUUUUCAUCGUUUUCAUUCCCAAAACCCUAGGCCAAUUAUGUUGUCCGAUUCUACAUUCCUUCUUUAUCGCAUUCUUAUAUUGGAUCUCUCUCUGGUUUGGAUGUAAUGGAACGUUACUUGGCCUUACAUUUAAUUUUUAAGAACCAUGAUUGAAGUAUGUUAUUAUGACCUUACAAUCCCUUUUCCUCUUAGGUUUAUGUUUGAUUAUAUAAUUUUGUAAUAAUUCUCAGAUGUUAUUGAUCGUCAAUUAACAUUAGAAUUUCUUGUUGACAACCUUCAGCUUGAUAUUAUCAACUAUCUGAGUUUAAUUUGGCGGUAUUACAUUGUUUGAUUUCUAGCAUACCUGAGGUUAAUGGAAUUAUCCAGACCAUUUUGAAAGUGAAGAAUCUGAGGAUGAAAUAUCAGGGUAUGCGCCUGAGGCAUUCUACCCUUGUGGACCUCCUCAAAUCCUCUGCAAGCGAAGACGAAGCAGACACAACUCAACAUGAGAUCGACCUCAUCUCUGAAGAUAUCUUGACGGUCGAGCAUGAGUUUCACCAAGAAUUUGUAGUAUGAUUUGGAUGAACACAUUUUCUCAUUAUUUUUGGAUGAAUAUUUUUUUAAGAAUAAUAUGAAUAUGUUGAUUGGUAGAACUAUAUUUAACUUCAAUCGCGGUAAAUGAAUUUAAAAUAUUUUAUCAUUUGAAUUGACAACGGUUAAAAAUAAAUCAUAUGAAAAACUUCUAACUCUCCAAUAUUUAUGUUUUCAUCAUAAUUUAUUUGAUAUAAUGUGAGAUUUUUAAAUUUUGCCGUUGCAAAUCCAAAACUACUAUAGGUAAACUAUAAAGAUAGUGUGUAUUUGUAAGAUGGAUGAGUGUGCGAAAUAGGAAAUGUUCAAUGCAUAAUCGAGAGUUAUGCACCUAAUACAAAGUGGAGAAUUAUAAAAACAAUUGUCAAUGAUACUUGUAAGGUAUAAGUUCUUUUUUCAAGUUCUUUUUCCCCAUAGCAUAUAUCACCGACUAAGAUAACUACAUAUACACCAUGUUUGUAUAUAUCACUAACUUAGUCCCUGAUACAAUUGCAACACAAAAUCUAUUCCUACCUACAAAUUUUGUGAUAUAAAUUAUUUUAAAAAGACACGUUUAACCUUACGAAGUCGUACACUCCAAUCAAUAAUCUUAGUAUGAAAAAAGAGAUUUUUGUAUAACGUUCAAUAGAGUAUCAAAAUCCCCCAAUAACAUGUACAAAAAAUAAAACGUGCCACCCAAGACAUUUCCGGCUAUGACAAAAUGAAAUAUGAAAAAGAUUAAAUGGAAAUAUGCAGUAAGAUGUGGUAAGUUUCAGCCGUUACACAACGUAAAUAUAUGCUUGUGCAACGCACAAUAUGCUACAGCGAAUUAUUUUACAUAUAUAUUUUAUUUUUCUUUAUAUUUAUCCCGUCUCUAUCCUUCUUCGGUUUCUAUCUUUUUCUGCCUAAUUAUGUGACUGCUGGUAUUUGAACCACAAUUUGUUGUAUGCAUUUUUUUAUGGGAUGUUUUUCUAAACUGUAUUCCCCAAUUAAUCUGUGAGUAUCAUGUAUGAAUUACUUUUUGACAACCUUGAUUGCAUCAAUGAUAUUAUGAAAUUGUGUUUUGUGUAUGGUCUAAAUUCUGAAUUUAAUUUGGUGAUUAUUAAAUUUUCUUUAAUUGCAGAGUGAGUGAUUUUAAGGACAUUCAUGAGGUUAAUAAAAUUCUUGUGAUUGGUGUGAUUGUUGAAACUCUGAAACUAAACUCUGAAGGUAUGCGUUAUAGGAUUUCAUACCUGCAGAUUGUUGAAGAGGAGCUACAUAAGUUCUUAUGAUCCUUUCAUUGUCAAGUAUAUGCAGUAGCCCUUUGUUGUUCCUGGUGAGGAGCCUGCGGGCAAGGGGCCUGUUGCCAAUGCGCUUAGGGGCAAGGCGCCUGCUGGCAAGGGUAAUGAAAACAAAUUUAACAUGAACUCAAAAUCGUUAAGCUCCAAAUGUUUUGGUCUCCCCCUCUUCUGGAUUAUUGUAUGCUAUACUCACUUCAUUUAUUUCAAGCACCUCUGCGUAUUUUAUUUGACUUCAACAAUCCCUUUACCCCAGUAUGAAUUUUCAGCAUCUCUUCCUAUUUGAUUUGAAAUUGACUGUUGAAUCAGGUUUAGAGAUGAAAGAGUUUAUAAGUAGUGGAGGUUCGAAGCACUGCGAGCUUUAAGGUUUGCAUCAUGUCUUCUCAUCUCCUUUCUCCACUCUCCAUUUUCAUUCUUUCUCUCAUUCAUAUAUGCGAACUAGUUGUGUAUACCUGCCCAUUGGGCGGCGAGUACCAUUUGUCUUUCUAUUAUAUGUUCAAUGUUAUCAAAUUCCUACUUUUCAUAUUUAUUUAUUCUUGUUAUCUAUUAUUUGUGUUUCAUGUGAUAUGAGGGACCCUACGACGAGUAUAACUUAAAAAUGAAUAAAGUUAUCCGACGAGUAUAACUUGUUACUAUAAAAUGAUAAUUAAUUUUAUUUUAAUGUAAUUAAUAACUUAAAAAUGAUAAAAUGACAUAAAAAAUUGUGUGGCUUUCUUUGUCAUAGGUGGAUUUUUUUUCCUCAAACAAUAAAAAUAGAAAAUAAAGGAAUUGAAUGACGUACGUAAUUGAAUGACAUAGGAAAAAUGAAAAAAAGAAUGAAAUUGGAAUAGCAUAUUUAAGCCAUAUAACCAUUAUUCAGUUUUUAAAAGGAUAUAAAAAAUUGGAUGAUCAUAUUUAUUCCGCUUGUUUUGUCGAAUCUGUUUGAUUGUUCUUGUCUAAUGCUAUUUGCUGUUAUUUCGAUUCUAUUUUCGUUCAUUCACGACCUAUGUAUCUCUUCGUGUUUAUUGUCUUCGAUUCCUUUGACUUUUUGGUAUCCGUCUCAAUAGAGUAGGGUUGUAGAGGUUUAUUUUUGUUGCUUUGAAUGCUUUGUAGAUCCGAAAUUGUGAGCUUAACCUAUGUGCUAUGAAUUGGUUUGAUUGCAACAUGAUAUUAUGAAGAUAUGUUUUGUACAAGGUCUAAAAUUUGUGUUUAAUUUGGUUGUUAUGAAUUUUGUUUGAUUGCAGCAUGAGUGACUUUAAUGAUAUUCCUUCGGUUUUGGAUAUUCUUACAAGGUCUAAAAAAUAAAUUACAAAAUUUUAUACGUGGUAGUUUUUGUUGUGUAAUGUACAAAAGUCAAACAUGAAAUAAAAAUAGAAUGUUAUGUGUUGUACCUUUUUUUUUACAUGAGUAUUAAUCUUGUUGUGAUUAAUUGCAUCAAAGCCAUUUUAUUCUAUUGGUUAAACAACUAAAAUGAUUAUAGUUUGAGCACCUAGGUUGCAUGGUUAAAUCUUAGUUUUGGUGGUUGAUAUACAUGUUUUGUCAAUUCUGUAUGAUUGUUCUUGUCUAGUUCUAUUUGUUGUCAGUUCGAUUCUGUCUUUGUUCAUUUCUAACCUGUGUACCUCUUCAUGUUUAUUUUCUUAGAUUCCUUUGAUUUUUUGGUAUCUGUUUCAAUGGAGUAGGGUUGCAGAAUUUUUCGUUGCUUUGAAUGCUUUUGAAUCCGAAAUUGUGAGCUUAACCUGUGUGCUAUGAAUUGGUUUGAUUGCAACAUGAUAUUAUGAAGCUAAGUUUUAUACAGGGUCUAAAUUUUGAGUUUAUUUUCGUUGUUAUGAAUUUUGUUUGAUUGCCUGAGCCUCAAAAAGUGAGGAGUUGGUUAAGUUUUAAGUGUUGGGCUCUCUUAUCCGGUCCCAAACGAUUCUUUACCUCAAAUGUAAACCCGAAUAUGAGAUUAUAUUGUUUGCUAUCCGAUUUCGGUCCGGUUCGAAUCCAAGUUACACGAUGUGAUUUCGGAUAAAAUCAAAAAGCCCGGACCAGCUAGCCAGCCCUAGUGACGGGUUGUGACGAUCGCAGGUAUACCACCAUUUUCGACGACACAACCAAUCGAAUAUACUUCUCCUUCUUCUUUUCCCUUUUUUGUAAGACACGUAGAAUCCAAACAAUCACGAAGACCAGCAGUCAAACUAAACCAGGCGGCGACCAACAAUGCAAGUACAGUGGCGGUUUAUGCAUUGGAUCGCCAAUGCUUCCGCCGAACGGCUCGUACUAUAAAUAUAACAGAUAAAAUGUCAUCAUGCAGAUAUAUGCAAUUAACAACUAGCUCAUAAACAAAAACAAAAACAAAAAUGACGAGCUCCUCCUCAUUAGGGAAGAAAACGGCGGCGGUUUCAGUACUAAUAGUCCUCGUCAUCAUCAUGUCGCCGGCCGGCAUUCGUCCCACGUCGGCGCAAGAGAUGAGCCACGUCUGCAACGCCAGGGAGUUCGACCCCGAGGAUCACCGGCGGGUCUGUGCGUACCAUCUGUUGGAUAAUUUGCUCGGAUGGACGGAUCCGCUGCCGGUGGGCGAAUUCUACGACGAUUACGACUGCGAUUGGGGCAAGAACACAGUCUACGGUUACAGGAUGAGAGAGAACGGCACGGACGCGGCUCUGUGCCUCGUUGCGGCCAAGAAUAUCCUCCAGAAGAAGCAGUGCGUUAACCGCAUCGGAGGUCGGGCGUGGGGCGAAGGCUGUUACAUGAGGUUCGAGAUUUACCCCAUCGUAAUUGAGAAGAACUAAUACGCGUCGUCGUCGUACGCUAGCCUCAACCAUAUAUAUAUAUAUAUGCGUGUGUUAUAUCUGGGAAUAAUAUGGAAACCGGCCUGUAUGUUUUUUUUUUUCCUUCCUUUUCUUGUUCGAAAAUAAAUGUGGUGCGCGCGACGUGGUAUAACGCGCGUGCGUGGGAUGUGAAAGGAUUUAUAAAAUAAAUAAAACUACUCUAAUUUCCGGGUUGUCUCGUCAAUAGAUUUUGUUUGUGUUUUAUUUUGAGAUCGAUUUGAUUGCUUUUAUAGUGUGCGAUUUUUUUUUUUAUCGGUGAAUGGACGUUUUAUUUUUGGGUCGUAACUCUGCGAGUGAUAUAGACACCGAAUUUGUUCGGAAUAUGGGUUAUAUGAUUUUGUGAAACCCUAAAUAUAUAGCAUAGGGACCGAAGUAAAGUUUUCUUCUCCCAAGUAACGUUCUCUCACAGACUUGGUCGCAAAACUCAAUUGUCCUCUCAAUGAAAACGGCGCAUAGUUUUCCUAUUGCAGCAGUAGUCUUUGUUGUACGCGCACAUGAGAGAGUUCUCCUAUGGAAUAAUGCAUUGGUUGAUGACUUGACUUGGCUAGUUUAUCAAACUACAGAAUCGACCCGCGAUUUGGGGUAAGACCAUAAACUAGGGCUGGCUAUUUGGUCCUGGACUGUUUGGUUUUACCCGAAACCGAACCGUAUAACCCGGACUGGGACCAGAUAGCAAACAAUACAAUCUCAUAUUCGGGCUUAGAUUUGAGGUAAAAAAUAGGAUAAAGACCGGAUAAGAGACCCCAACACCUAAAAUCAAGAUAAAAUCGGGACCGGAUCGGGUCAAAAUCGGACCGGAUCAAGACCGGACUGAAUCCAAUCCAAUCUUUGGUCCUUAUAUUCCCGACCAGGACCGGAUCAAUUUGGUCCAAUUUAACCGGACCAGACCAGACCGGACCGUAUAGCCACCCCUACCAUAAUCGACGACAUGUCUGAUGCGUUGGAAAAAGGUGCAAAGAAGUAUAGGAGAAGGAUGGAUAGUUAAUAUGCAUGCAAUUAAUUCAACAACAUCGAGAAGUGGCAAAAUACAAUACGAUCCCUAAUCUAGUAAUUAUGGACAAUAUGAGUACAGGACUAGGAAUCGAAAUAAUUAACAGCAUCAAUGGCCGGGAAGAGCUUCAAGAAGUAUAUAUUGUGCGAGCUUUUCAGUUUACAUAUUAUCACUACACAUGGAGACUGAAGAGACCAGAGAGGUUGAUGACUACACAGACCCACACGUACGUUAUUACGUUGCAUGCAUGCAUGGACGUGCAAACCUUCUUCACGGAACUUAAUUACUCCCUCCUCUUGGGCUCGAACGAGGGAGCCCGUUUACCCAACUCGGCCCAUUAUCAUUGCUGCUUGGCUGCUGGUCUCUAGCUACCCAGAGGUAUUCUCUUCUUGAUAUUCCCACCAGUAGUGAUGGCAAUGGGUCUGGGCGGGGCGGGUCGACCCACUUUUACAUGUUAUUUGAAAAAAAAUACACACAAAAUUUUACAUUUCACGAUAAAAUCAAGGGGAAAAGACUUCAUGGAUGAAUAAUAGUGAUAAUAUAAUGGGUAAUUGAGU